AUGAUAGAGUCGUUUCAGGAGACAUUCAACAAUCACUCGCGGAGGUUGGUCGAAAGCCUCAAAGCUGAGUGUAACGGUGCUCCCUUAGACAUUCAGUACAAGUAUCUCGCAAAAACAACGUUUAGAGCGGCCUGCGGUUAUACUUCAAAAGACUGCAGAAAGUCUGCCGCUUUGUUCCUCGAUGUUCUGUUGGAGCUGAUGGAAACAGAUUCCACUUUGACUGAAGAGCGGAUCAAACAUGCAGUGACCAGGAUUUUGCUAGCGGGCCAUGAGACCACUGCGUCUGCUCUCAAUUUCAUAUUCCUCAUGCUUGGGUGUAAUCUUGAUGUUCAGCGCAAGUUACACGAAGAUCGGCACGAGAGCAAUACUAACUCGCCGCGCCGCGAGCCGCGCCGCGAUCUUAUAAAAUAUAUUAAAGGUGAUAGGGAAGCUUUGUGCGCACUAAAGGAAAGGACGACCGCAAAUUCGACCGCCACCUCGACAACAUCUGCAUCUGGAGUUGAAUCC